UGUCAUAAUAUAGGACAAAAUAACAUAACAAUGCCCUCUAACAACAUGUGUUGUGUUUAUACAGCGAUCGAAUAGACAGAGAGGUUUAAGAAAUAGUUUAAAGUAUGUCGUCGAAGGUAGAUGUCCGGCGAGUGGCGGCCGUCGUCGGGGCCCUUGUAGCAGAUGCUGCAGGUCAGCCGAUCCACUGGAACUACAAUCUAGAUCGCCUUGACGCUAUUUUAGCGGAAACACCGGAAGUGGCGUUUAUUGAGCCGUCAAUAAACCCGUUCUACACGCUGCCAUGCGGCUCACAGAGCGGAUAUGGAGAUCAGUCGUUCACCAUACUGAAGUCGCUCGUUGACAAUAAUGGUUUGAACACCGAUGCUCUCAACAAGGCAAUGUAUGAUUGUUUUGGACCCGACAGUGCGUACGAAAAUGAUACAAACGCCAUUUACAAAGAUAAAUCAGACAUCACGACAAAAGCCACCAAAUACCCAAUACACGGCCCGUGGAGGCAUUUCGGUAUCAAAGAAUUUCUCAGAAACUUCCAAGAAAGGAAGGAAAGUACAGGAUCGCCCACAGAUGAGCAGAUAGACUGCGCAGUGCGGAUAGUUCCGGUGGUGGCGCUGUACGCCGGUCGGCCGGAAAUGCUCUCCCGGGCGGAGGUAGUGGUCCGACAAACUCAGGAUAACGAUAUGUGUGUGGCAGUGGGUCUAGCUGCGGCCAGAAUACUUGAGUACUGUAUCCUGAACGGACGCACGGACGGCGCAGUUGAGGCUACAAUCGAGCAGUUGAGUGAUCAAGACCGGGAGUGCCCACAGGAGCUUGACAAGGCGGUCGCUGGCUUCCUCCGGGAGGUUGUUCGCCGGAAAUCCGAGCCACAUAUACCCGUGGCCCGGUCCAUUAAAAUAUCCUGACCCAUACCCGGUUCCUUCCAGUCGGCGGUCCACGGACUGCUGGUCGGAAGUGGAUAUCGGGAAGCUGUGGAGGCGACGCUGAGGGCGGGCGGAUGUAACGCCUCCCGGGCGGGCUUCAUAGGCGCAUGCAUGGCCGCACAGGACGGUCUGUCGGGUAUCCCCGACCAAUGGAAGGAGAAAACUCUACGAUACACGGAAAUAGCCAACGUUUCCAAGGAACUUGCUCAAGUGCAGUUUUAAUAAAGAUUCUACUGAAAUAUGAAAAAAAAAUCAAAUACUGUUAAUCUGUUCACUGAAAUUUCUUUGGUUUUUAGUUCUUUCAUUACUUUCUAUCUAUGCUUUUUUAUCGAAGUAUUUGUCAAUAUGUAGUUUUAGGGCUGCUUUUAAAAGCUUGUAAGUGCGAAUGACGGGCCCACCGUAAAACCUCGUGUUUGGUGGGCCCUGAGGACCUCACUUGCUCUUGUAUCAGGGUCUUUAAACUACGUAUAGAUAAAUGUUCGUUUAAAGUCAUUGUUGAAGUGUUCAUUCCUGCAAUACUUUUAUCUUGUGUUAUUAUUACAUUCAUUCAUACUUAUUGUAAAUUACUGUCUGUUUUUUACAAUAUCAAAUAAAGAUUUGAUUUAUAAGUAUAACAA